AUGGGAGGCCAAAAUUCAGAAGAAGCCGCUGAGCUUGUUGCCACGAUCCGUGGUGAACAUGUUGUCAUGAAGAACUGGUACUCAGGAUCCACCAAGGAAGCUGCAGUCUUGAGAGACAAAUAUGGACCUUAUCCUGGUCUCUGGAAAGAAGUUUUGAAUUGGCCAGGCUGGAAGGAAGCCCGCAAGUCCUAUUUGAAGUGGACACAAACCAAAGAUUCGCCCUCCAAUGGCAAUGGCAAUGGCAACGAAUCAUCAUCCCAGGGUUCUUCUGUCCCACGAAAGCGUCGUUCGCGAUGGGGAAGUGCAAACGACAAUGAUGGAGACCAAGGAGCUUCCAAACGCCGAUCUCGCUGGGGUAGAGAUGGACCAGCGGCUCCAGCUCCUAGUCAACCUGCCAUGAAACCGCUCCCUGGACUGGGACUUCCUGGCAUGCCAACCAAUUUGUCGCCUCAGCAACAUGCGGAAUUUGCCAAUUGUCAGACUCGUCUCCGAGAAAUCAACUCUAGACUGCAAACUCUGGAUCGAGAAGCUGCAAGAGUUGAUGCACUGCCUCGGGGACAUCGAGAACGGUCUCCUUCUCCACCACCCGUUUAUGGUGCUGACGGAAAGAGGAAGAAUACUCGUGCCGUUCGUUGGAGAGAUCGAUUGACUGGGGAGCGUCAAGAUUUGUUGGAAAAACUCAUGAACUUGAACCCAGCCACUCGGCAAAGUGGACUCUUUCGGCGCAAACGAACCAAGAAGGUUCGCAUUCCUGUGGAGCAACAUCCUCAAUACAACUUUAUUGGAUUGAUCAUUGGCCCACGUGGUAAAACACAAAAGGACCUAGAAGCGAAGACUGGUUGCAAGAUUGCCAUUCGUGGAAAGGGUUCCGUCAAGGAAGGAGCACGGGGUCGUCGCGAUGGAAAACUUACGGAAUCCGACGACGAGCCUUUGCACGUUGUGAUUACUGGAGAUGAUCAAAGAUCUGUGGAUGCUGCAACUGAUAUGAUUGAACAAAUGUUGGUUGUGAUUGACGACGAAAAGAAUGUCCACAAACAACAACAGUUGCGAGAGCUAGCACUCUUGAAUGGUACGCUGAAGGAAGACGAAUACUGUACGAUUUGUGGUGAAAAGGGACACAGAGCAUUCGAGUGCCCAAAGAGAUUCUCAAUGAAGAAAACGAUGGAGAUCAAGUGUGCCAUCUGUGGUGGCGGCCAUCCGACUAGGGAUUGUACCAUCAAGCCAGGAGAUCCAGGCGCGGCGGAUCAAAAGGUAAUGGACUCUGAAUACAUGUCCUUCAUGGCUGAACUGGAUGGAAAGAAAGUUGACAAGGCAGCAGUUCAGACUCCUCCAGGAGCUCCGCCACCUGGGGCAGCUGCCGGUUCUGCUCCUGGAUUGCAACCUCCGACAGGUACUGGCCUUCCGCCUCCACCUCCUGCUGGAGUUGCCAUUCCACCACCACCUCCCGGUGGAGUGCCACCUCCAGUACACCAACCACCAGCGUAUGGACAUCAACAGCAGUAUCGCCCACCUGGUCAAAAUAACUACUAUGGCAGCCAGCCGCAAAACCAGCAGCAGCAGCAGCAGCAGUACUAUGGUGGCCAGCAGCAGCAACAGCCUCAUGGAAACUAUCAGCAGCAACAACAGCAGCAGCAGCAUGGUGGCUAUCAAGGGUGGGACUAUCAGGCCUACUAUGGGAAUCGGGGUGGACCCGCUGCUGGAGGCGGUGCUGGAGGUUUCAAUUGGUGGGAAAAGUAG